AUGCGCACCACUGCGUUAUGUAUUGUUUGUGGAUUAGGGCCUCAGUGUUUGUCCAAUAUUUACAAGCAUUUGAGAAGAACACAUGGCUGGAGCGAGGAACAGAUCGACCAGGAAAAAUUGCGCUUAAAUGGUGCAAGAGCACGCUUCUCUUGCAACCACUGUGAAAGAGUCUUCACGUCCAAGAGAAGUCUCAAGAAACAUAAGGAGUGUCCUAGAUUGUUGCGUAUCUUGAAGGUUGUGUGCCCGCAAUGUGAUCAACGAUUUCUUCGUCACCAGGAUCUGGCGAAACAUUGUGAAAGUUCGCAUUGUGAUGAGAAUACAGAUUCGUCAUACUUUUCAAUAUUCAACGGGACUUUCGACUCCGUAGAAGAGUUCGAGGCAUGGAAGACGUCUCUUGAAAGGGCAACGACCACGGUUUUCUCAAAGAGGCACUCUGAAGAGUGCAAAAACGGAAGACGGCAUUUAUAUGUAUGCAAGCAUGCCCGAGGACCCGGAGUAAACGCUGGUGCCGAAGAAUCUCGCAGUAGGAGCAAAAGAGUGGUCUCGCAUUGUCCUGCUUUUUUGAAGGUAACGGAGCUAACGGAUGGAAGAAUCAUUUAUGAUUGUUGUACUGGUCACCUUGGACAUGUCGUUAGUGCGCCAUACCUUGGAAUGUCCAGCGAUGAAGAACAAGAAAUUCCGUAUGAGGGGCAAAUUAAAAUGGAAGUCUCCGCUAAUCAUCCGAAUAGCCAGAACCCAUUGAAAUUGCCAAACGAUGCCGCAGAUGCUGAUGGGCAUGGAGCUAUUCGGACGCAGGACGCAGCUGAAGAGGCAUUCGAACAAUUCCAAGGGACUUUGACCCAUCUUAAUGAGCUCAUGCGGCUUUGCAUGGAGCGAAACCUCCACGAGCCCAUGUUGCAUUGCGUAGCUGCGACUAAAGGGAGCAAGCCCAAAGACUGGAGGAAGUGA